AUGGAUGUCAGCAUGAUCAAGGACGACUUUUCGGGAAUGGGAAAAACCAAGGACUGGGCUGAGAAACUUGCAGCAAGCAAGUUGCUCAGGCCUCCAAGCCUUCAAGCACAUUCUCGAAUGUCCUCAGCAACUACCUCAACAGCUGUUUCGGCAAUCUCCAGGGUGACCACUACCAGUGCUCAUCCUGUGCCUCCCCCUACUCCAUCAACCAAUGGGCAAGGCAAUCUUCAAGAGCCUACCACAGCCUUUUUGGAUAGCAAUGAUGGCUCACUUGAGCGUGAGGCGGCCUUCAAAGCUACCAAAAAACCUGGUGGCAGAAGCACAACUUCUGCAGAUAUAGUGGAAGUCUGGGAUAGUUCAUUAUCUCCACCUCCUUCCAGGCAGCCAUCAAGAGCUACUGCUAGACUUGACACCACCCUCAUUUCCAGUUUAUCAAUGGACAUCAAUUUUGGCGACAGCAGCCCCAGUGAGGACAUAAUCCCACCUUCUGCCCCUCCAGCAGCGAAAAAUAACAAGCGCCUCACAACUUUGACCAAUAUGACCAUCAGUAGUCAAGCCCCCCCUUCAAAACAAGCAAAGACAGACUCUCACUCCAAGGGUGUCUUGUCAUGCCGUGAUGGGAGUGGCACCAAUCACCGGUACCAGAAUGACAAUCUUCCCGAGGGAUGCCAAGACAGUAAUGCCUGGCAUCGUGUGUUCAUACCGAGUGUGGCACACUGGGCUGGUGGAGAUGUUGAACCAUGGGGUCCUGAUGAUAGUGAUUUGAGGGAGACUAUGCAAGAGAUGUGGGACCAUAUAUACCGGGGCUGGAUUCAGUAUGAGAUCUCCCGAUCUGGUGCUGUCAUGAAAGUUGCAAAACAACGCCUCGUGGAAUGGUGCAGAUGGUUCGGUGUUGCAGCUUGCUCCAUCCUCACUGCGUUUUUUGCACAGGGUGCUAAUUUUUUAGAUCCUGUCACUUACGUGGACUUCUUGAAAGCUAUGCUCAAACAAAACCGAUUCAUUUUCAGGGAUAAUUCAGGUCUCAUUCACAAGAAUUGGAUGGGCAUGUGGAGAUCUUCUUUCAUACUUCAAACAUUUGCGUCACAUCUCAAUUUCACCUUUGGCCGUGUCGAAAUCCCCGCCCUGAAUGCCAAGAAGUCUAGCACACGGGCCGUCUUUUCCCUCGCUGUCACAGCUGUUUACCGCACUCUUCAACUAGUCAUUGAUGGGAACAUGACUUUUGAAAUCAUUCAAGAAUCACGUGGCAAACGCAAAGGUGCGAAGACAGAUGACGGUGAUGUUUGGAUGCCCGUCAUUGCAAAGGGCAAGCAGUAUUCUUUUAGUAAACCCAUCUGGGGGGGCGUGACCCUCAAGUUUAUGGGUCCCAUUUCGGCACUUUCUGAUGACGACUUUGCGACCAUUGUGGAGGAAGCUCAACAGGAUGCCAAGAUUUCAAAAAAUGUUGGGAAGUCGAGGACUACUACCAGUGUUACACCUGACGAGGACAACAUAUUUGCUGACCUUUUUGCUUUCCGCUAA